AUGAGCGGGCUCAUCACUUCUUUGCUGAUCGAACCCGUCGUUCGGCAAGCCCGUCGUCUGUCACAGCAGACUGAGGAAUCCGGCCCGCCUGCUACUCAAGCCUCGAGCAUCUAUGAUCGGUGCUCUUCAGACAGUGGUGAAGACGACUGCGAUAACAUCGCGAGAGGUGUUAUGUCAUAUUCAGAGCAAGAAAUACAUCCUAGUAUAGGGGCUUAUGGUGAAAAUGUUGCCUCCGAAGAUAGCCCCUCGUCCGUUACGCUUUGGCCGACUGGUUUCAACGAUCAGAACCACGAAACCGAAAUAUCUCCUCUGUCGCACCGUACUAGGCAGAUCACCGACAACAACGGUUCUGGAGUUUCAGACAAUGAUGCGGUUAUCAUGCAUGGGAUCGAUUUGACGGAACCACGGCAGUCCACCCCUGUUGCUAUCUCUACACAAGAUGCCUCUCAACAGACAAGCUCAACCUUGCGGGAGGCCCAGCGAGUAUCCCACAGUCAUCUUGACCUAGUUGAUACGGGUGGACAGUCUUCGCUUCCAGAAGAUGAUGGAAUGGGUGCCUUGAGGAAAAAGAUUCAUGCCAUCCGGGAUUUAAACUACAGUAACAUGGAGCAAGCACGUAUGAUCCACGAGUUAAUGACAGAAAACUAUAAUGCCUCUCGAAGUAAUCUGGGUAACCAGACGAUAAGAAUGAUGCCGUCACUAUCCAGGCUCCGAAGCCCGGAUCGACCUGUCAGUCCAGAUUACGGCUGGAGCAGUCAAUCAUUUGACCAACAAUGCCUAACCCCACCUGCCACAGCUUCGAUCGCACAUCAGGAAAAUCAGUAUUGUCUGACAGCUGAAGAUUUGAAACCAACUUUUUCCCCCAGAGAUGAAUUAGAACUACCUCCUGAAGAUCUUGAUGAUACGGAUGCUGAGGAAUUCGAAGAGGCUUGUUUAGGUUGUCAACAUUAUAAAAGGAACGUCAAACUACAAUGCUACGCCUGCAAAAAAUGGUAUACUUGUCGGUUUUGCCACGACGAGGCAGAAGACCAUCACCUCGAUCGGCCAAAAACAGAAAACAUGCUAUGCAUGCUAUGUGGGCAUGCUCAACCUGCCACGCAGUUUUGUAGGCAAUGCGGGGAACAAUCUUCGCAGUACUAUUGCAACAUCUGCAAGCUCUGGGACAACGACACUAGCAAAAGUAUCUACCAUUGCAAUGACUGCGGAAUCUGUCGAAUCGGCCAAGGAUUAGGUAAAGACUUUUUUCACUGCAAGACCUGUUGCGUCUGCCUGCCUAUCUCGAUCGAGAAUACGCAUCGAUGCAUUGAGCGCUCGACGCAGUGUGAUUGCCCUAUCUGUGGGGACUACAUGUUUACUUCUCCUGAGACCGUCGUCUUCAUGCGGUGUGGUCACAGCAUACACCAAAAGUGUCUUUCCGAGUAUUCAAAGAGUUCAUAUCGCUGUCCGAUAUGCAGCAAGACCAUUACGAAUAUGGAGUCUACCUUUCGAAACCUGGACCGUACGAUCCAAAGUCAACCUAUGCCGGCUGAAUUCAAUGACACAAAGGCUUUAAUUUACUGUAACGAUUGUGGUGCAAAGUCUGUCGUUAAGUACCACUGGCUGGGACUGAGGUGUGAUAUGUGCGAAUCAUACAACACUGCUCAAAUUCGAUUAUUGAACGGAGACGUACUGGCUUCAGCGGAGGAUGAUUAUGCGAGAGAAGAGUUCAUAGCAUCCCGAACAAGGUCAUCAUCUCAAGGCGCGGGCAAUAUUGCGCUCCCAGUAUUAACAACGUCGAGACUUGACACCAACUCUGGCCAAGAUCUAUACUCAAACGCACCACCCAACGCCCCGGUAUCAACUGAGCCAAGUGGGCGGUUCUCCUACAGCAUCAGUCGUGGCCGUGCUGUUUCCCCAGUGAUCAGUAACUAUUUCGGCAUACCCCCCGAUCGUGGCUCUGAGAGACGAAAGUCAACGUCAUUUUCUAAUGGCCAGGCUCCCCAGGAGAAUGAAAAUGAGAGUAACGGGGAAAUCCGCUUUUGGGGUGCGAAAUUCAAAUACAGGUAUGGAUUUCUUAGUCGAGGGACUGAGUCGGUAGAUGGAACCUCAGAAGCCAACGACGAAGAGGAUGAUGAUGAGCGGUCAUGGUGCAGCAACUCAGAGGAAAACAAUGAAGAGGAAGAUGAUGAUGAUGAUGAGAAGAUAGAUAUCUUUGGUCAUAGGUGA